AUGGGUUGCAGUGCAUCAGUAACAACAGAUAAAUCUGUUGUAAAUUCUACUAUUCCUGCUAAUUCACCUGUACAUCCUCACCAUUCUCAAGACUCCAUCAUGAAUGGUGAAAAAGGUCAGCAACGUGUACAAGAGCAAGAUCUUGUACAAAAUUUUCUUCUAGUUUGGCUCGAUAGUAAACUGGACGAGUCAAAUGAAGAUUUUCGCAAUUCAAUUAAGCAAUUGCAACUAACAGUCGAUGGCAUUGAGAAAUUUCGUGAUGUCGAUGAAUGCCUUAAAUAUAUUUCAAGUUUCAAAAAUCAAAAAGCUUUUCUUAUUGUAUCCGGAGCUCUUACUGAAAAUGUGGUACCGCGUGUUCACGGCAUGUCUCAAAUUCAUGCAGUUUAUAUAUUUUGUCGCAAAAAAUCAAAAUACGAACAAUGGGAAACGAAAGAAUGGCCGAAAGUAAGAGGUAUUUUCACGGAAAUUGACUCGAUUUGCGCUUCCGUUCAGCAAUCAGCUCGAGAAUGCGAUGAUGAUACUGUUGGAAUUACUGGUGAAUUAGAAUCAUCAUUUAUGUAUACAACAUUUUUCAAAGAAAUUGUACUUGAAAUUGAUUUUGACGAAAAGAAAACAAUUCCAGAACUUGCUGAUUAUGCUUGUCAACAAAAGGUGUAUGCUAAUAACAAAAAAGAACUAGAACUCAUCAACGAAUUCGCCCAAAAAUAUCACGGUAACAUCAACAACAAUCCUGUUCGAUGGUAUACUGCCGAAUGUUUCACAUACAAAAUGCUCAACAAAGCACUAGGUAAUCUAGACGUUAAUACUUUGCUCAAAACAGGUUUCUUCAUGCGUGAUCUUCAUCAAAAUAUUCAACAACUUCACGACGAACAAUUGAAUGGCAAGGAUAAACCAUUUCCAAGUAUAGUUUACCGUGGUCAAACUAUGACACAACAAGACUUCGAAAUCAAAAUUCAACAAGACAAGCUCAUGUCUUAUAAUAACUUCUUAUCAACAAGUGAAGAAAGAUAUGUUGCCGCUGAUUUCAUUCGCAGAAAACUUCGAAGUGACAACACUAAAAUUGGUGUACUCUUUAUCAUUACAAUUGAUCCAUCAAUAAAAUCGGUUCCAUAUGCUCGCAUCGCUAAAUUCAGCAAAUUUCCAGACGAAAAAGAAAUUCUCCUUUCAACGCACACUAUAUUUCGGAUUCAACAAAUCAAAGAAAUCCAAGAGAAAGAAAUGAAGAUAUGGCAAGUCAAACUUACACUUACUAGUGACGGUGUCGAUGAACAGUUGAGUGCGCUUACAAAACAAAUACGGAUGGAGAUCACUGGUACUGAUUGGCAACGAAUGGGUUUAUUGUUAUGGAAAAUGGGUGAGAAUGAUAAAGCAGAACAAGUUUUUACGAUGUUACUCGAACAAGCACCCGAUGAUGACAAUAAUAAAGCAUAUUGUUAUCACCACCUUGGGCUCAUGAAAGAAAACCAAAAACCAUAUAAUGUAGCCAUCGACUUUUACGAAAAAUCACUCGCUAUCUUAGAAAAAACUCUCCCUCCGAAUCAUCUCAAAUUGGCUACUUCCUACAACAACAUCGGUGCAACGUAUAACAAUAUGGGUGACUACUCGAAAGCACUUGAAUUUUACGAAAAAGCCCUUAAAAUAGGAGAAAAAGCUCUGCCUUCGAAUCAUCCCGAUUUGGCUCUAUCCUACAACAACGUCGCUACAGCGUAUCACAACAUGCGUGACUACUCGAAAGCACUUGAAUUUUAUGAAAAAUCACUUAAAAUAAGAGAAAAAGAUCUGCCUCCGAAUCAUCCCGAUUUGGCUAUUUCCUACAACGACAUCGGUUCGCUGUAUCAGCACAUGGGUGACUACUCGAAAUCACUUGAAUUUCGCGAAAAAUCACUUAAAAUAAGAGAAAAAGCUCUGCCUUCGAAUCAUCCCUUAUUGGCGACUUCCUACAACGACAUCGGUUCGGUGUAUCGCGACAUGGGUGACCGCUCGGAAUCACUUGAAUUUUACGAAAAAGAACUUAAAAUAAGAGAAAAAGCUCUUAAAAUAAGAGAAAAAGCUCUGCCUCCGAAUCAUCCCGAUUUGGCUAUUUCCUACAACGACAUCGGUUCGGUGUAUCGCGACAUGGGUGACCGCUCGAAAUCACUUGAAUUUUACGAAAAAGAACUUAAAAUAAGAGAAAAAACUCUUAAAAUAAGAGAAAAAGCUCUGCCUCCGAAUCAUCCCGAUUUGGCUAUUUCCUACAACGACAUCGCUUUGGUGUAUACCAACAUGGAUGACUACUCGAAAGCACUUGAAUUUUACGAAAAAGAACUUAAAAUAAGAGAAAAAGCUCUGCCUCCGAAUCAUCCCGAUUUGGCUAUUUCCUACAACGACAUCGCUUUGGUGUAUACCAACAUGGGUGACUACUCGAAAUCACUUGAAUUUUACGAAAAACUACUUAAAAUAAGAGAAAAAGUUCUGCCUCCGAAUCAUCCCGAUUUGGCUACUUCCUACAACAACAUCGGUGCAGUGUAUUACGACAUGGGUGACUACUCAAAAGCAGUUGAAUUUUACGAAAAAGAACAUCAAAUCUAUGAAAAAACUCUGUCUCCGAAUCAUCCCGAUUUGGCUAUGUCCUACAACAACAUCGCCGGAGUGUAUGAUGACAUGGGUGACUACUCGAAAGCACUUGAAUUUUACGAAAAACUACUUAAAAUAAGAGAAAAAGCUCUGCCUCCGAAUCAUCCCGACUUGGCUAAUUCCUACAACAACAUCGGUAUGGUGUAUUCUCACAUGGGCGAGUACUCGAAAGCACUUUCAUCCUAUGAACGAUCACUUGAAAUCCGAAAAAUAGCUCUCCCUCCGAAUCAUCCCGACUUGGCUGUUUCCUACAACAAGAUCGGAGGGGUGUAUUGUGACAUGGACGAGUACUCGAAAGCACUUCAGUAUUACGAAAAAGCCAAAGAAAUCUAG